AUGUCUCUUAUUAAAGCUUUAGAAGAAACUUUAAGAUGUUGUCAACUCUCAUGGUGAAAAUUGAUCCUGUUAAUUUGUCUCCAGAAUUUUUGUUAUUCUUUAGAAGCUAUUGUGGCUUAUGAAAAAAAUAACCCAAUCUGAAGGCUAGAUUUACUUUUGGAUAUAUCCUCAGAUUGAGAUUCUCUCAUAGAAUGACACAAUUGUGAAUUUUUACAAAUAUCGACUUGCUUUGAUUUUUAUGAAAAUUCUACUGUAAUACUAGAUUUAACAGAUAGCAUUGAAACUCAAUUUUUUAUUUCUAAAUUAUGCAAAGAAAGAGAAAUCUCUCAUUUGGUGUUUGAAAAUAAGCUGGCUUAUGCUGAUCAGCUAACUUUCUCAAUAACACCAUCCUACUUAGAACAAAUUAAUGUCUUCAUAUCUGUCCUUAACUAUUUUAAUUGAACUCAAGGUCUUAUAGUUUAUGAUAGACUUGAAAAUUCUCUAAACCUCGGUGAAUAGUAUUUUUUUUUAAUAAAUGAAUUUUUCUAAACCUUUAAAAAAAAAUAUCAGUAAUAAAUUAUUAUUUUUUAAUGUUGUUGAUUCCAGUAAUGCAUCAUUUUUUAGUAAAAUUUUUGUUUUUGGAAAAAUAGAUAAACAAAAUUUUAUAUCGGGUAGAUUAAAAGAAAAAUUCGAAAAAUAUUCAGAAAAUUUGAAUUAUUUGAUUAUUGAAUCUGAGGCAAAUAUUGAUGAGCUGGUAAAUAGGAUUAUAGCUCCUCUCGGUACUACUCUUUAUUACAUUUUUAUGAAUUACACUGAUUCAUAUAAAUUGCAAAAUGCUUUACUAUCAGCUAAACUUUUAACCAGCGGCAAUGGAAUUGUUUUAGAUCAAAAAAGCGGGUAUGAAUGUAGUAUUGAUGGGGCCUUGAUUAUUACAGAUAAAGGCCAAGAAUUCGUCAUUUCUGAUGAAGAUUAUUUGAAAUCAUCAAUAAAGAGCAUAGUUUCUUAUUUACUGAGUCACAUAAGAACAGAAAGUAGCUCAGAAAUAUUUUUUCAUCUAAAUUCUCUCUUUAAAAGUCAUUAUGGCAAUAGAAAUUUUUCAUUAAUUAAUACCCAAGAGGGGAAAAGAGAAAUAAUAGGAGAAAUUAUUGACGAAAAAUUAUUUUUAUUCAAAAAUAUCACUUUUCCAGGCAAUAUAUCAGAAAUCCCGAAAUCUCAGAAAAAAAUUUUGCAGUUAAGCAUUGAAGCUGGCUCCACAAAUCCUACAGGCCCAGCUCUUCCUAUAGGAUUAAUCGGCGGAUACGGCUCAUAUGCCGCUCGUGACAUUAUUAAUAACGGAGACUCUGAUCUUCUCAAUAAUUUCCAAAUUUCCCUUACAAAUUUUGACUGUGGAGUAUCAAUUUAUAAUGCAACUUUUGCAAAUACCUGUUAUUCAAAAAACAAAGAAAAUUUCGGCCUAGGACACAUCUCAGCCUGAGGGUCAGUCAUGGCAAUUGGAUCAAUGUCAUCUUUUAAGCAGCUUAAUUUAACAUUCCCUAUCGUCAGUGCUACCAAUGGUGACACCACCUUAAGUUCCACCACAAAUUUCCCUAUGUAUAUGCGAGUCCAACUUUCCUAUUCCUAUGCAUACUCUUUAGUCCCAAUUUUUAUCCGAGCUUUAGGAUGGGAAAAAGUUGCAGUCCUUUACCAAAAUGACACAUGAGGACUAUCAGGGUAUUAUUUUCUAAUCCAAAGCAUAAAAAGCCAUGAUCUCUCUUUAAUCAACCCAGAAAGCAGCAGAGCUUUUCCACCAAAUCUUGACAGAGAUGGACUAAAAAAAUACUCAUAUAUUCUUCAAGAAAUUAUUGACUGCCAAGCAAGGUUCUUAAUUUUUAUUUUUCAGUACCCAUCAGCUUAUUAUAUAUUUGAAGAAUUUUAUGAUUUAGGACUGAGAAAAGGAGACUUGGUGUUUUUUACGACACUUACAGAUUUAGUUACCCUAGCGGGGUAUGAUAAUGUGCAUAAAUACAAAGUUUAUGAAAUUGCGAUACCAAUUAUAACGACCUAUGGACAAAGCUGGGUUGGACCUUUAGGAACAAAAGCGUUAGCACAUAUUAAUAAGGACUAUGGAGGGAUAAUAAAUUCAUACAGCUGCUUUUAUUUUGAUGCUUUAUUUUUGAUGGUUUAUGCUUUAGAUUAUAUGAUAAAUAGAGGGCUGGAUUAUUCUAACCCUUUUAAACUUCAAGAGAUAAUGAGAAAUCAGCAGUUUUAUGGGUGCACUGGACAAGUGAUUAUAGAAAAAGGGUCAAAUGAUAGGAUUGUCCAAGUUUUUGAAAUAAUUCUUAAUAAAUUGGACGAAAAUGGAAAUUUAGCUUAUUAUAUUAUGGGAGAGUUUCGGCCGCAAAGCACACAGCUUAUAAAAAUCCAAGAGCCUUUGCUAUAUGCAGAUGGAUCCACAGUAAAACCUACUGAUUUAAGGAACAAAAAUUAUGAAUGUCCUUUUCCUAACAGACUUGUAAAGACUUUUGCAAAAGGAAGAGCUUUGGUAUUUGGGAUUUGUUUUGGAAUUGCAGGAAUUUCGCUAUUUAUUACUAUUUAUAUAUGAAAAAGAUGGUGGGAAAUCUCUAUAGAGCCUUUAGAAGCUAAAAAAGAAAUCUCUUUACAAGACUUUAUUGUCGGCGCAACUAUGUUUAUUGAAUUUUUCCAGUUUUCCUCUAUGGGCCCUGAUUUUUCGCCAAUAAAUUCUGCACUGGCCAGCGUAAGUGAUACUCUUUCCCUAAGUCUGGACCAUAUUAUUAAGCUCAAGAAUGGAGUAUGCCUUUUUAUUUAUUACCAAUAGACCUAAAAAUCAAAAAAACAAUAUUUCUAUAGGAUUUUGCAAUUAGGUUUAUUUAUUAAUAAUUAGUUAUUUUAAAAUGAUUUAUUUUGAAUUGUGGUUAAUGCUGUAUUCGGGUCUAUUGGCUUAUGAGUAAUCCUAUGCUCUGUAAUUCUUCUUCGGCUUGACGAAAAAUUCCCACACAAUUUUAUGCUCACUCCCCCCCCUCCGUGAGUGAACAAAAAAAUUUUGUUCACUCACGGAGGGGGAUUAAUUUAUUUUUUUUUAAAAAAAAUUUAUAUAUAUAAAUUUUAUAAAAAAUAUUGUUUUUCUAAAUUUUAAAAAAAUCCUAAUUCGCAAAAAUUGGAAGGCAAAUAUUAAUUUAAUUUAUAAAAUUUAUGUUUUAAAGAGCAAUUCGUUUAAAAUUAAAUAGAAUUAGCUCUAGAUCUUAUUAUACUAAUUAUCAUUUAUAUAUCAAAAAUUUUUGUUCACUCACGGAGGGUGGGGUUUUGGGCAAAAAAAUGGUGAUUUUUCUAAUGGUUUUGUUCACUCACGGAGGGGGGGGGAGUCAGAAAUCUGAACACCUUGGCUGAUUAUUUUAUGCCAAUUUUAGGCGACCUAUGCUUUAUCCCAUUUAUUUCAGUCUGCCUUGACAUUUUUUUAUGUGACCAAUCUAUUGGAGAUAAUUUUACUGACAGUUUUCUUGCCCAAGACUGCUAUUAUUUUUGCUGGGAAGGUGAGCAUUUAGCUUACGCAAUUUUGUCGAUUUUUGCUUUAAUGGCUUAUGAGCCUCUAGCUGUUUUUUGUAGACCUCUUUGACAAGAGCUUCAGCCUCUUUUGCAUGUAAAAGCAGCUCCACUUUUUUUGAUGGUAAAAACGAUGGUUCAAAUUACCUUAAUUGUUAUGAAUAAGACAGUCAAAAGAGCACAAAGCGCUCUUCAUGGAGCUCUAUUUAUAACAGUGAUGGUUUUAUAUAUCAUUUUUCUAUGUAAAUUCAAGCCUUAUAAUUAUGCAAGAUACAGUUGAUGGCAAACUUUGAUUUUAAUUGGAGUUGUAUGACUUGCUUUUCUGUCGAUAAUUUCUCAGAAUAUUUGAGGCAAUCCAUUGACUCUAACAUUAAUUUUGGGGUCAGGUUUGGUAAUUAUUGGAUUAAUUGGUAUUUAUAUACAAUAUAAAAAAUACCCAAGUCUAUUGUUCCGUAAAAAGGGUCAAGAUACAUCUACUUUAUUUAAAUUUGCUUUUGCUUUUGGAAAAAAUUCAAAAAUUGCACUAUCAAAAAUUCAUCCAAAUAUUGUCUCGAAGUAG